AGCCUUUUCAGAAGAAUCACUCUGAAGUCAUAUUAUAGUUGCCUCCACGUUGAAGCUCGCGACUCGGUCAGCAUCUUCCUCGACUCUGAGGACAACAACACACUUUAUCAUUACUUUUCAUUUUUUAUUCUCAACAACUUUCCACCUCUCUUUUAUGAGCUCAACAUGACGUUCAGGAGGCUGAAGAAGGUGAACUCCAGCGGGCCAGAGAGUGGACCCGCACCUCCAGACAACGACAUUUAUUUCCCCUCGUCAAAGUCAGACAGCUGCCGGACUGGGGACUUACCGACCCGCUCCUCGGAGGUUUACAACUACAAGACUUUGGCUUACUCUGGAGGGACGCUGCCCAGGAACUUCAAAAAGGGUGGUGGUUUGCAGAAAUGGAAACCCUUAACAGUGACACCAGAACCACAAAGAAAGGUGGUGGUCCUGGAGAAAAAUGAAGAGGAGACGUUUGGUUUCGAGAUCCAGACUUACGGCCUGCACCAUCAAGACCAAAACUCUGUGGAGAUGUGCACGUUUGUGUGUAAAGUGCACGAUGACAGCCCGGCCCAGCAAGCAGGACUUAAAGUUGGGGACACCAUCGCAAGUGUGAACGAGGCCACCGUGGAGGGAUUUCGACACAAGGAGAUCGUUCAGCUCAUCAGGUCCUGUGGCAACACAAUCAGGCUGGAGACGGUUUACAGUGACUCAAUCCGAAAAGCAGAGCUGGAGGCCCGGCUGCAGUAUCUGAAGCAAACUCUUCAUGAGAAAUGGGAUGAAUAUCGGUCGUUGAUGGUGCAGGAGCAGAGGCUUGUUCAUGGCAUAGUGCUGAGUGACGCUGCGGUGUACGAGUCCCUGGAGUCAGCAGGCGUGUACGGCAGCCUCGGCACUCCCAGCCCCGCCGCUCAGAGAGCCCUCCACUGCAGCGGCAGCACCAGCAGCAGCGCCAGCUUCCUCAGCACGGCCACCGAGGACGACCCUCUGUACCAGACCUGCCUGUACCAGGCGGACGGAAGCGUGGACUCGGACAACACCAGCGCAGACAAAAAGAGGGAGCAACAGCCGGCGCAGAGGCAGCAGCGCCUCCGACCAACCAGCGAGCUCUUCCCAACGGUCAAGACGCAGCUGAGCCGCAGCGCCAGCACACGCAGCUACGUGAGGGGAUCUUCGUCGUCCUCGGCCACCUCGGGGGAGAAGCAGGGAGGAUUCAACUCGCUGCAGAGGAAGCCCAAACAGAAAAGCUUCCGCAGGCGCCUCCUCAAAUUCAUCCCGGGCUUGAACCGACCGCUGGAGGAGGAGGAGAGCAAACUGUGAGCAGCAAAGUAACCGAGCUGUUUGCCUAAACUUCACAGGUCCAAAGACUUAAAAGCACCACUGACUGUCAAACUGAACUGCCAGAAGGGAAAAAAAAAAAAAAAGUAAAAGCAGCCCCAAAGAGCGAAGAGACUGAGACCAAAGUGUGAUAGCUAGACAGUUGCACCUCUGUAGCCGUCAGUGUUUCACAGCUGUACAUAACUUUUGUUUCCUUUUUUUUGUUCUUUUAAGUUAUUUAUUUAUUUUAACAUGUCUGCUUUUAUGUACAGAAUGUACAGAAUGAAGGAUUUUUCCGUUUUUACUGCAUGCACCAACUUUUAUUUUGACAGCUGAGUAAAUUUGUGAUUGCUCAACACGACCUUUUGUAAGAGACAAGUUUGAUAUCUAAUUUUAAAUGAGUCAGAUUGAUGCUGAUUUAUUUUUUUCCUAAAAAAUAAAAUAUGUGUCAUUUUCAAA